UCGAAGCAUCAAGUCUCUCGACGAAAAACUAGAAACUAUCAAAAUUCAACAUGACCGGUCGCGGUAAAGGAGGAAAAGGUCUUGGAAAAGGAGGCGCCAAACGUCAUCGUAAAGUGUUGCGUGACAACAUCCAAGGAAUCACCAAGCCAGCCAUCCGUCGGUUAGCUCGCCGUGGAGGAGUAAAACGUAUCUCCGGCUUGAUCUACGAAGAAACCCGUGGAGUGUUGAAAGUGUUUUUGGAAAACGUAAUUCGUGACGCCGUCACAUACACGGAGCACGCCAAGAGGAAGACCGUCACCGCCAUGGACGUAGUCUACGCUCUCAAACGUCAAGGCCGUACUCUGUACGGUUUUGGAGGUUAAUUCCUUUUUACACCCUUUUGCUCUAAACUAUCUUAAAAAGGCCCUUUUCAGGGCCACCACACGACUUCAUUUAAUUUGCCACUAAUAUAAUAUUAUUACAUUUAUGAGCCAGGCAAUUAGCUGGCAAAACCGCAACUAACAACAACUCUCGACUGGACUGUGAAUAAUCAUAACAACCCCCCCCCCCCCAAAACUAAUUAUAAACGUUCUUC